UAUAGAACUCAGUCAGGCGAUAUUUUUGUCAAGUUUACAAGAAUUAUAUCAUCUUUCAUUUACAAUUUCGCGAGGUAGUAUGUUCUUUUUUUUGUCGAGUGUGCAUAACUGGCGAAGUGCUUAACGAAAUUGCUUCGUCGAUGGAACUUACAUCACACCACAACGUAUUUUCAACGUUAUCUAAUCGAGACCACUCGACUACCGCAUCUGAUCGUUCACAUUUAAUCAGUCCAACUUUUGACCUAAACCCGUGCGGAUCUUAACUUCUGCUGAUUUUGGAGUCAAAUUCUCGUGCUGUCUUGUGCGACAUAUUCAAUAUGGAAGACAACAUUUUGGAUACGUUGGAAAAUAAUAAUAACCAAUUGCCGGAAGAUGUGCAGAAAAAAUUGUCGAGCAUGCUUGAAAAAUAUCUACAGUUGACCGACGAGGAAAAGCAAGACUUCCAAAACGGCGCUAUGGAUGUAUUGCUAAAGUCUCUGAAUAAAAAUAGAAUCUCGAUUUUACCCACGUGGCUUGCGCCGUAUCAAUCUUACAUCCUAUUCAUGUUCGCGGUGUCAAUUGUGGCUUUUCUGCUCGCUAUUGUCGCUCGCAAUUUAUACCGACGUGCAUGGGACCGAGAACAACGUCAAUCAGAGAAGAAAAAGCGCAAAGAACAAAAAGCAGCUAUGAAGAAUAAGAAGAAAGCGUAACAUAUGUUUAUUCAUAUAUCUUAAUGGAAAAAGAAACUUUUAAAUAAAAGAUAAACACUGAGACAAAUUCUUGUAAUAAAUUCGACACACAUGAUAUUUUACUGAUGAAACUGUGAUAAGAAAGAAAUAUAAUGUAUCGAGAUAUUUCUGUGAUAAGAAAAAAAUAUAAUGUAUCGAGAUA